UUAUUACCACUCACUCAUCUCACUUUCUUUUUUCUCUCUUACACUCCAAGAUCGUUCUCGAUGGCGUCGUUCAUAGAUCUUUUCGCCGGCGACAUCACGACGCAACUCUUAAAGCUGCUCGUUCUAGUAGCUAACACAGUCUACAGUUGCAAAGGAAUCGCCGAACGACUGAUCACGAUGAUCAGAGACGUUCAACCAACGAUCAAGGAGAUUCAAUACAGUGGCGUGGAGCUGAGUAACCAUCGCCAAACUCAAUUGCGAGGAUUCUUUGAGAUCUUGGAGAAAGCAAGAAAGCUAUGUGAAAAGGUUUUAAGAUGCCGUAGGUGGAACCUUAAACACGUCUACCACGCCAACAAGAUGAAGGAUCUUGAAAAAAACAUAUCUCGUUUCCUCAACAGCCAAAUUCUGCUCUUUGUUCUUGCUGAGGUAUGUCAUCUACGGGUUAAUGGUGACCGGAUUGAGAGGAAUAUGGAUAGGCUGUUGAGUGAGUGGAAUGAUUCUUUGUCGUUUCCGGAGACUGUGAUGGAGAUUGAGACGGUAAGCGAUCCAUGGAUUCAGAUGGUAGGAUUGGAUUUGGGGAAGAGAAAGGUGAAGGAGAUGAUGUUUAAGUUUACGGAUACAUAUUUGUUUGGGAUCUCUGGAAUGAGCGGUUCAGGGAAAACCACUCUUGCAAUAGAGCUUUCAAGAGACGAUGAUGUUCGAGGCCUCUUCAAGAACAAGGUUUUGUUUUUGAUUGUGUCACGGUCUCCGAAUUUUGAGAAUCUGGAGUUUUGUAUACGAGAAUUUCUUAAUGAUGGAGUUCAACAACGGAAGCUAGUGAUUCUUGAUGAUGUUUGGACAAGGGAAUCCUUGGAUAAGCUGUUGUCCAAAAUUCGUGGAAGCACAACUUUAGUAGUCUCACGGUCCAAGCUUGCAGAUCCUAGUACCACCUACAAUGUGGAAUUAUUAAAGGAAGAUGAAGCAAUGUCCCUCUUGUGUCUCUAUGCUUUCGAUCAUAAGUCCCCGCCUUCUCCAUUCAACAAAAAUUUGGUGAAGCAGGUUGUUGAUGAGUGUAAAGGAUUACCUUUAUCUUUGAAAGUUCUCGGUGCUUCGUUAAAAAACAAACCUGAAAGAUAUUGGGAAGGCGUAGUGAAGAGGUUAUUAAGAGGAGAAGCUGCUGAUGAAACUCAUGAGAGCAGAGUGUUUGCUCAUAUGGAAGAAAGUCUAGAAAACCUCGAGCCGAAAAUCAGAGAGUGUUUCUUGGAUAUGGGUGCAUUUCCUGAAGACAAGAAGAUCCCUCUUGAUGUUCUCACCAACGUGUGGGUUGAGAGGCAUGAUAUUGACGAAGAAACUGCGUUUUCCUUUGUUCUUCGUUUAGCUGACAAGAAUCUCCUUACUAUCGUGAAAAAUCCGAGGUUUGGUGAUGUGCACAUUGGCUACUAUGAUGUAUUUGUGACGCAACACGAUGUUCUUAGAGACCUAGCCCUUCAUAUGUCCAAUCGUGUGGACGUAAAUAGGAGAGAGCGGUUAUUAAUGCCGAAAAGAGAGCCAAUGCUUCCAAGAGAAUGGGAAAAGAAUAACGAUGAGCCAUUUGAUGCCAAGAUAGUCUCCCUUCAUACAGGGGAAAUGGAUGAAAUGGAUUGGUUUGACAUGGACCUUCCUAAGGCAGAAGUUUUAAUACUGAACUUCUCUUCUGAAAACUACGUCUUGCCACCAUUUAUUGGUAAGAUGAGUAGACUCAGGGUGCUCGUGAUUAUCAACAAUGGAAUGUCUUCUGCGCGUCUACAUGGCUUCUCCAUCGUUGCCAAUUUGGCCAAACUAAGGAGUCUCUGGCUCGAGAGGGUACAUGUCCCUGAAUUUACCAGCAGCACCAUUCCACUGAAAAAACUGCACAAGAUGCAUCUAAUCUUUUGUAAGGUCAACAACAGCUUUGAUCAGACGUCAUUCGACAUCUCGCAAAUAUUUCCAAGCUUGUCUGAUCUCACUAUUGAUCACUGUGAUGAUCUUGUGGAGCUAAACUCCAUAUUUGGGAUAACCUCUCUCAACUCUCUCAGCAUAACCAACUGUCCAAGAAUUCUUGAACUGCCCAAGAAUCUGAGUAAUCUACAGUCUCUUGAACGUCUAAGGUUAUAUGCUUGCCCCGAGCUGAUAUCCCUCCCGGUUGAAAUUUGUGAGCUGCCAUGUCUAAAGUACGUUGACAUUUCACAGUGUGUCAGCCUGAUUUCUCUUCCGGAAAAAUUUGGAAAGCUAAGGACACUUGAGAAAAUUGACAUGAGAGAAUGCAGUUUAUUGGGUUUACCAAGUUCUGUAGCUGCCCUCGUGUCUCUACGUCAUGUCGUUUGCGAUGAGGAGACUUCGUCUAUGUGGGAAAAGGUCAAAAAGAUUGUUCCGGAACUUUGCAUUGAAGUCGCCAAAAAAUGCUUCACCGUUGAUUGGCUUGACGAUUAGGCUUUUUGAUCCCUCAAACUCUUAAGAACCUCUUGUAGUAAUCAUUGCUCAUCAGAGCAAGUUAUUUGAACUUUGGAAUGUCUCUAUAUAUAUAACAUCAUUUUUAGCUAUCAAUCUUAAUCUCUUUCUAUCACAGAUUAAUCAAAGUAUUAAAUUCAA